GAGAGAGACAGUGGCUGCGUCCGAAAUCGCUUACUAGAUUCUUGAGUAUGGACGGGAGCUGAGCAAUUGUCAAAUUUAAAAAGUAAAUCAAAUAAAUAUAAUGGAAACUUUAAGGCGGACGUCCGUUUUUAAAUGAAUAAAUGAAUUUCUCGUGGCUAAAUUAUGUUUUUAUAAACGCUCACAUAUAGGUUGUUGUUAAAACGUCAUCGGUCAAAGAGAAUACGGGUCACAUGACCAUAAAAUAUGGCGGACGCAGUAUGUCCUAAACGUUUUCAUACUACACCCACUCAUAUUAUAUAGAAUGUACUGUUUUAAUGGCCGAUAGGUAGGUACUUAUUUAAAUUCAAUACGUACUGUCACAGUAUGCGAUUUUGGACACAACCAGUGUGUGAGAGAGUGAGAGAGACGACUCUGAUUUGUUAAGACAGGACUCAAUGGUCAUGUAUGGCCUAGGGACCAAUGAGAAAGUCACUUGCCUUUUUGGGCCAAAGCGGAAUUUUCUCCAGAUCUUACAGUUAUUGAUCAUAUCCAUGCGUUUUUAUUAUUUUGAAAGCAAACAUUAAGCAUUUUGUGAUGUAUUGUUGACUAUUGUUGUUGUGGUUUAAAUUUGUUAAGUCCAGUGUUAAGUCAUCAAAAUAACAAGUUGAAUGUUUUUCAAAAUUUAGAGAAUGACAUCUUUGAUAGUAUUGUGUUAGUUUUGAAAAUCAUAUGCAUAAUAUUUUUUAGCAAAAAAAUCAUGUGGCUAUUUAUUGUAGGUAUAGCUCAUAUUUAAAAUGGGGAUCUGCACAUUUUUUUUGCAAUACUCAUUUUAGUAACUAUAUGCCGAUUCAGAUAUUUUUCAGAUAUUUCAUAAAAAUUCUCAAUUUAAAUAAAUUGUUUUUAUAGCUAAAACAGACGUAUGGAGCCCAUAGCCUCUUUGUGCCUGAUAGUGUCCCAGAAAUCAGAUGUUUAGCUGGUUUCCUUCACAUUAAUUGCAGGGACAGACCUCUUACAUAUGAGGGCACAAUUGCAAAUCUCUAGUAAUCCAGUUCUACAGUCACUCUUGCUUCAAAGGCUUUAAACCUGCAAUUUAUGUGUUAGUGGGCCAUCACAACCAGCUCCCUAAAUAAGCAAAUUCUCUGUAUUUAUAUCCCAGUGUAAUAGUCCACUCCUCCAACUUGUUCUUGAUUUGUUGCAGACGUGCCAAACUGCGAUUGUACCUGGAACAGUUGAAACAGCUUGUGCCUUUGGGACCUGAGAGCACCCGUCACACCACACUGAGCCUGCUCAAACGCGCCAAAAUGCACAUCAAGAAGCUGGAGGAACAGGACAGAAAGGCUGUUAAUGUUAAAGAGCAACUGCAGAGAGAACAUCGCUACCUUAAACGACGCGUGGAGCAGCUUUCUGUACAGGGCUUAGAGCGUCUUCGCACAGACAGCAUGGGCUCCACCAUCUCCACCGACUCUGAGCAAGAGGUGGACGUUGACAUUGAGGGGAUGGAAUUCACGCCAGGUGAAGGUGAUAGUGUGGACAGUGUUAGCGAUGGAGAAGACCACUACAGCCUGCAGAGCAGCUCCAGCGACGGAGGCCACCAUUCACAUUCCCACAGAUUACAGGCUCAUAUCUGCUAGGUUCUGCCACAACGCAACAGUGUUUGACCUCCAAUGUGCACAUCAGCCUCUCCCAGCUGGCAGGAAACAACUGGCUGAACCUCUUCGCGUGAUUUACACUCCUCAGAAAACUCUCUUUCCUCCCAGCCCUUACAUAAUGCCUUAUAUUAGACCACCCCAUCACACAGGAACACAUUGACAAGCAAUCUGCAGUUUUAGUGGGAACAUAUGUAGUGUGAUAAUGCCUUUUUGACUUGUCUUUUUGGGUGUGAGAAACUGUGGCUUUCUUCCACAACCUAGUGAGCUGUCUUGCUUUCUGCUCUCUACACAGGCAGCUACCUUUUAACUGGAAUGGAACCUCAAAAGUGACUAAACUGAUAUACCCGGCAUAGGCAGCUUCUUGUUAUCGUUCAUGCAUGCAUAAAAAGACGGCUAAUGUAAAAAAGAUGUCGCAGUUCGCUGUCAGAGCCACAAAAAAUAAGAUAAAAGGUUGUUAGGGAUCCAUGAUUCUCUAAUAAGCAGAACAAGCAGAUGAUUUGUCAUCAUCAACACUAUUCAGUACAAGAUAAAAAAAAUAUUUCUGUUGGACGAUUUUCUCUACUCAGUCCAUAUAGAAAAGUGAGUGCAGUACAUUCUACAGUUUGCCCGGUCUGCAAAGGAUAUGCAUGGUGCUAAAACAAGGCAUAUUACAAGGCAGCUCAAUAGUUUUGGAAUACAGCUUGUAUGUGUGCUUGUUGAAAUAGCAGAGAAAAUUGUUGUGUGCAUUUACAUUAUUUUCUUAAUGGCUUUAAACCGAAUCUGAUCCUUGUGUGGUUCUUAAAACAGCACGUGAUGGCAUUACAAACAAUAACCGACAACUGGAGAAGAAGUGAAAGAACAUUAGGGCACUUCUAGAAAUUGAAAGAAUGACUAAUUGUUAAUUGAAUAAUUGAAUGUUUACUAAAAGCACUUAGCAGCAACAGAUGCAAAAAAGGUUCAGUCUGAAUAUAUCACACAGAAUCUGUUUCCCUCCCUCAGUAGUAAAAGAUGUAGCAAUAAACAUGGAAAGCCAUGGCUUUCUUAUGCAGUGAAAUGAUUCUGGAUGAAACCUAAAAGACAUGGGAAGAUGAGCAGGCCUAUUCAUUUAAAUUCUCUCACUUGCUCCUGAACUAAAGUACACAUUGACCAUAAAGCAUUUUGGUCCGAGUAAAUUUUCUUAGUGUGUGUGUGCGUGCGUGUUU